AUGUCCCGAUCGUCUCAAAUGCUGGCACAGAAUGAUUCUGAAGAUUCAGAGAUUCCCACAGCGAGACAUGCCAGUCCUGAGUCGUUCUGGGAGCUGCAUCGCCGUUUGGCGGAAUGCUACAGGAACGACAUGCGCAUGCAGACUCCGCAGGACAGCCAUGCGAAGAACCUACUCGAGACUCCGCACGUGCCUACAACCCCGUCACCACCCGCAGGCAGUCCUCACCCGUUGUCGCCGCUGGCCAACUGCUUCCCCGAGAUGAUGAAGAAUAAAGCCAAGAGGUCGGGAAGCAUCGCAAGUCAAGUGGGCGUGCCCUCUCCGUGCUUCAGCGAUAGGCUAACUCCCGAGCGUGGUGAGUUUGCAAUUCCGAAAGUUGCGACAUCUCCGGUGCGCCGACGCGUCUCGGACAGAUCUUCCGCCCACGAGAAUGGAAUCGCUUCCCGCGAUUUCGGCUGUGCUUCUCGGGGACUCCCGGCUUCCUUCGGGUUUUUGUGGGGUUAG